UUGCUGUCUGGAGAGAGAUUUUAACAUCUUUCCAUGUUGCUAUGCACUCUUCCUCGGCCUGCACACAUGGCCAAUCAGCCACCCCGUGAGCCCCAACCAAACCGAUCACCACCACCGCCACCGGCCCCGGCCCGAGUAAUCCAAAUCCCUGACCAGCCACUGCCGCCACAGUUGCCGCAUACUUCGCCUCAUACUUCUUCUUCUUCUUCUUCAUCGGCCAGCGGUGCUCCAGGCGGCUCCUCGCCUAAACCCAUGCUUUCUCCCAGCGGGGCGUCGCCAUCUCAAUCCACGGGAAGGCACCCGUCUUACCGUGGAAUCCGAUCUCGCAGCGGGAAAUGGGUAUCCGAGAUCCGCGAGCCCCGCAAGACUACUCGCAUUUGGCUUGGGACGUAUCCAAAUCCGGAGAUGGCGGCCGCCGCCUACGAUGUGGCUGCUCUGGCUCUGAAAGGCUCCGACGCCGCCCUGAACUUCCCGGACGAGGUUCCGAAAUACCCGGUUCCGAAUUCCGCAUCAGCAGCCGACAUACGCUCGGCGGCAGCCAGUGCGGCAGCAUUGAGGGGGCCCAGAAUGGAAGCCGAGGGGAAGGAGGAUCCAGUGGGUCGGCCGGAGAAUGCCGACGAGACGGGCCAAGAGUCGGUUCGAGAGUUCAUAGAUGAAGACGCGCUGCUGAACAUGCCGAAGCUGCUAGACGACAUGGCAGAGGGGAUGCUAGUGAGCCCGCCGAGGAUGAAGAUGGCCUCAGAGAACGACUCGCCAGAGGAUUCAGACGGUGGAGAGAGCCUGUGGAGUUAUCCCUGAUUUGAAAAGUUGUGAUGAUCAGGGCUUGAUCAAUUAGAAUAGCCCUCAUUGUAGAAUUAUACGAACACGAUACGCAUUGUAUAUGAUCUUCGGUUCAUCGUGAUGGUUGAUGACAUCCCCGUGAUUUGCUAUUGAGUUUUCUUGGCCCCAUACAAAUGCAGCUUCCGGGUGGAUUUUGACAGUCUCUGGUGAGGGUUUUGCUCGCAGCUUUUAGGUUUGGUGUUGUUUUCGAUUGUACUUAGCUGUAUAUGGUAUAUGUAUACACACUUUCCCUUUAUAUCGUAGAUCGGUUGAA